AAAUCCAAAAGAAUAAAAUCUGAUGCGGGCGGUGGACCGAGUAUCACUUGGAGUGGCCUAACUAUACUGAUCCUUUCUCAACUGUUCUAGUUGCUGCAAUUAUUCUGCAAUGUGUUCUCCCCUUGUCUCUUGUGAAUGGCUGAAGGAGCAGCUUGUAAACAAGAACCCCAACAUCAGGAUUCUGGAUGGAACAUGGAACCAGCCGGCCUGGAAGAGGAAUGCUCAACAGGAGUACCUGGAUGGUCACAUUGAGGGAGCUGUGAGGUUCGACAUUGGCACAGUGUGCGAUAAGGACUCACCCAUCCCCGGCCUUACAUUGCCCACAGAUGCACAGUUCACUGAGAAUGUGCAAAAGGGCUCGUGGGGUGACUGGGUGCGCAGAGCCCCUGCCGAGACCAUGAUGCUUGGGGUCAAAGGAGAAGACAUGCCAAAGUGAAUCCGAAACUACUGCAUGAUGAUCUCUAUGUAGAUGAACACAGCUAUAUAUAUUAUAUAGAUAUUCCAUAAGCUGCAUUUCUACCUGGAAAAAUAGUCUAUUGUUAUUCUAUGGCUGGCCCCGCUG